GGAUAAAAACGUCCAUUGUAGAGGUUGUCCCUCGGUCAUCCCAGGACUCUCGUUCUCUCUCCCAUUGAUUCGUCGAGGCGUGCCAGUGUGUUCAUGUGAUGCAGGAAGGAUGUGUCCUAAAAGAGUUUGCAUCGAGCCAAACUGCAUCACUUCUGAGCCCGACCACCGCUCAGCACUCAUAUUCGGUUAUUCCCCAUUUCGCUUUGCAGUUACAUCGGGUGAAAGGGAAGAAGCCGAAGAGAACGAGAGAAGGAUUGUGAAAUGGGAGCUACGGCAUCAUCCGCGCAACGGGACAGCAGAUGUGAGGAGGACGCAGCGGCGGAGGAGCUCACUGCAGCGGCGAGCGAUGCUCAGGAUGACGGCAGUGCUGCUGAUGACAAGUUAUUACAGAAAAACGGGCAGAUCUCCAGUUUGAAUGUAAAGACAAGGAACCAUGCAGAUGAAUUAAAUGGCAACUUUGAGGAGCGAGUACUUGCAGAUGUUGGCUCAGGGUUUGUUACUCUGAAAGAAGAUGGCACAGAAACAAUUGAAGACCUCCAGGAAAUGGAUGCUCUUCAACCAGUCACGAAGAAUGAGAGCACAGAGAUGGUUAAUGCAGAUAGUGUGACUGUGAAGGAAGAAACUGUGGAGGACAACCAAGUGAAUGAUAUCGAUGAAGUUGGCUUCAAAAGAAUCUUCAGAUUUGUUGGAUUUAAGUUUACCCUAAAAAAAGACACAUGUGAAAAGACUGAAUCAGAUGAACAAGAAGAAAAAGUCACAAGUCCCUCAGAGGACUCCAGUGACACCCAGGAGAACAGUGCAGUGGCAGCAAAUGAAAGCACACCUGACGAAACUCAAAAAAGUGAGGCGUCUUCCCAGCCUGAUGCAGCUGAACCCUCUCAACAAACAGACAAUGAAAAAGAGCUGGAUCAGGACAUAAAGGUAGUGGAACAUCAAGUGGAGGACACACCUGAGAAAGAACUGGCAAAAGAAGCAAGUCCUGAGCCGGAGGAACCGAUGUCACCAAUCAAGCAAUUCUUUACACAAGGAAUCUUUGCCAGUUUAAGAAAGAAAAAGAAAGAAGAGGAAAUGCAAAAAGAGAGUAAGGAAGAGGAACUCAAAAGAAUUGAGAGAAUGGGUGUAGAAGAGGCUGAAAAAGAGGACAGUAAAUGUAUGUGCCUUGAUAUCCCUUAUAUUACAUCAGAGGAAGAAAAAUAUUCACAGGAGAAAGACAAUGACAAGUUGUUACCUGAAGGAGAGCUUCAGAAUUCUCUAGAGAAAGAUAAGGUACAAGGAAGUCCACUUAAAAGACUUUUCAGGAAAUUUUCCACAAGAAGGCAGAGAGAAAGUAAAGCUGCAGAAAAGGUGAUUGAGGCAGAGGAACAAGUCUCUGAACAGCCGAAGCCAUCCUCGGAAUUGACAGAGCUCGCAAAAGUGGAGGAACCAGUGGUUGGGGAACCAAAACCUGCUGAAGAGGAGCUGGUGGCUGAUGUAAGCCCUCAAGAGUCCAAAAAGAAAUCUGACACCACCGUUUCCUGGGAGGCACUGAUUUGUGGUGGCUCUGCUAAAAAAAAAGCUAGAAAAACAAAUGAGGAUGAAACGCCAGACAAAGGAGAGGAAUAUGAGAAAACAACUGACUCUCCAUUGGGAAGUUCCAUUGAGGGUGAUUAUGAUCAUCUCACAUCAUCUAAUGAACAAACUGGAAGUUCUGCAGAGGGAGAGAUGGGAUCCACAUGGAAAACGUUUAAAAAAAUGGUCACCCCGAAGAGAAAGGUCAGAACUGGAGAAAGUAGUACCCCUGAGCAGAUACCUUCAGACAGUGAGAUGAACAAAGACGAACUAUUUUCUAUGAAGAAACUUAUUCCAGGGCAUAAAAAGAGAAUAUCAGAUGCAAAGAAAGACCCAACAUCCUCAGAUGAGGCUGCAAAGGAUCAUGAAACAGGUGAUGAAGAUGAUGAAACCCCAGCUAUUAUUCCUCUGUCUGAGUAUGAAAUAAUUGAACCUGAAAGUCUGAAGGAGGUGCAUGAACAACGAGUUGAAAUCACAAUAAAGCAUGAGAUGCCAGAGAUGACAACACCAGUGUUAGAACAGGACACAUCUAAUGACUUGGUGCCCAAAAUUGCAGCUAAAGUUCCAAUUAACACUGUACCAACAGUCAUACAUGGAUUAUCAGAGGACUUUGAAGAACUUACAGACUUCGUGAGCAAACAUCAGCAACUGAGUGACAUUCCAGAAGAAGGCAUCAUUGAGGAAAGCAUUGAAACACCAGUAUCAUCUGCUGAGUGGACAACACAGGAUGACACCUUAGCUGAGGACAUUGUGGAGUUGACAGCAGAUGCGGUCACUGCCCCAGAACCAUCAAGUGAACAAUUUAUUGGGGAUGACACUACUGAAAUGGUCUCGGCAGUCUCGCAACUAACCGAUUCACCCAGGUCAUCUGGGCAUGUUACACCAGUGUCAGCUGAAUAUUGCAUACAAACAUCAGAAGUGAUCCUACAGGAAGCUAUUCAAUCCAUCUGCAUGACUCCAAGUGUUCAGUCAGUAACUACAAAAGAUGAAAGCCAAGAAUCUCUGGCCGUGUCAUUUUCACCUUAUAUUGUACAGUCAUUCACAACAGAGGAACAAAAGGUUUUGGUUGCACAUAAGAAAACUGAGGCAACGGCAAUAUGUACAGGCCUAAAAUCUCAAGAAAUAGAAUCUGUUGAAGAACAUCUCCCUGUACCCUUAGUGGAGGCAAUACCUGAAGUAAGUGAUGCUGUCCCAACUGAAUUAGUCUCUGAUAACUUUACAGAUGAAACUGAAAUUGCAGGACUUGGGACAGAUGAGGUCUAUAAGGCUGAAAUUAAGGAAGUGAAGACUGAGUAUCAGAAAAUAAUUGCGAGUGAAAAGGAAUCUGCCAUUGAAACUGAGCUAAGUGUAGAGCAAGUCAUUCAAUUAGUAGCAGAGUCUGUUGUGGGAGAAUCAGAAGAGACUCAUAUGGAGGACCAAAGAGAGGAAUGUACAACUGGUAUUGAACUCAGACAAGUGAUUGAGACAAUGCCAAGUGAAGCUGGGCUGGAAAAGGUUAUGUCAGACUACACCCAUGGUCCUGAAACAGAGUGUCCAUUGCAUUCAGUGUUAGAGGAACCUGUAUAUGAACAUCCAGUAGCUGCUGAACCUGAAAAAAAGCUCAUGCUUUCAGAUGUUGAAUUGUCUGUUGCUGAGCAUGAUCAACCUGCAUCCAUUGAAGUUGUUGAGCAUUUGACACAUGGUGAUAUAGACAGCAGUCCUGGUACUACCACAAGUAAAGAAGUCAAAGAAAUAGAAAUUAAUGCCUCUGCUGUGGAGUGUCUGGAAAUCACAGAGACUUAUAGUAUUAUAAGUCGAAUUUCAGAUCACAUACAGGCAGAAACACUGGAGUUAGAAGGGAGUUUACAAUUAGAAGCAGUUGAAUCAAUACAUGUUGAUGCCUGUGAAAUACAAGUUGACGUAAAAGAUGCAGUCUUAUUAGCAGGUGAUUCAGCAGUGACUGUGGAGGACAUCAGUGGGAAAAUGGAAGAAAAAGAUUAUGAAAAAAUGGCACAGCAGGACAUUAAGGAAUUACAUGUAGAAGAAGAGGCAGGGGAUGAUGUUGCUUCAGAAGUUGUUAAAAAUAUUGAGGUUGAAAAUAUUUCAGAAGCUAGAAAUGAAUCAUUAGCCAGAGAACAGCUGCCAGCCAAGGAGGUGUCACUUCCAGAACCUGUAUUAGUUGAAGAGGCUGAAGAGCUCCAUAAAGAAGACAUUGAAACAUAUUUGGAUGAUAAAGUGGAAGACAGUGCAACUGACAGAACGGAUGGGAUUUUUGUGAAAGAGGAAGUGGAACAUGCAGUAAAAGAAGGGCAAACUCUGACAAACACGGACAGCAAUGAAACUCCUACUGAUGAAUCUCCUGAAAUAAUUGUUGAUGCAGGAAGUGAAAUUGGAGACAUGGUUCAUAAAAUAAGAGAACACGCAGUUGUUCCUGCAUUUUCAAAAGAUGUAUCUGAGCACACAGAAACACCAGAAGAGCCUGACGUUAGUUCUGAAGCCAUACUAAAACCUCUAGAGAUAGCAUUGCCAGAAGUUGAUGUAAAACCUGUAAUUGUGGUUUCUCAAACAGAAGACUGGGGUCAAGACACCAAACCAAGUCCAGAACUUCCCAAAGAUAAUGCACAACCAGCGACAAUGGAGAAUAUUAAGACUGGUAAAGUUUUAGAGAUGGUUGCCAUUAUCGAGAACACAACAAAACAAUCUGGGAAAGAGAAGCCUAUGGUGUCUGAUCCAGUAACACAGGUACUUGCAAAAUCUAAGCUACCAAAGACAACAGAACAAGAGGGUGAAGCAAUAGAUGGUGACCAGUCCCCAGCAAUGACAUCAUCAGAAAUGAAAGAAACGGCAGUUCCAGAAGAAAAAGAUACAAUGGCUGUUGCUCCCAAACCAGAACCAGAAGGGUUUGAUUCAGGGCCGACUAUGAUUGAAGUGGCUACAAUCACAGUGCUGGCACAAAAUUAUACUGCUGCAGAAAUAGAGGUUAGUAAUAUGAGUGAAAAGAAGAAUGAAGAAGAAAAUGCUAGUCUAAAAUGUGAACCUCUUGAACAGGUAACAGAAAAGAUACUGUCAAAUGAGUUGCAGGUAGACAAGACAGAAAUUAAAGAUGAAAUACCUGCAGUAAUGGAAAUAACACCCACUGCACAAGAAUCACUGCUGACCUCUGAAGUUACAGGAAAAAUGCCAGAAGUUGUUUCUGAGAUACAGUCCCAAGUAGUGAGUGAACUCAGGGCUGAGACGCUUGAAGUGACAGAACCAAAGGUAGAAAUUCCAGUGGUAUCAGAAGUGAAAGUAGAGACAGCUGUAGUAACUGAACUAGACGUGGAGACACCAGUUGUCACCUCAGUGGUUAAAGAACUUGAAGUAGAAACACCAGUGGUAACAUCUAUGGCAAAAUCAACUGAUACUCAUAAUUCUGCUGUUACAUCACAAAAUCAAAACAUAGACACUGACACAUCAGUGUUGCCAACAGUGAUCAAACAAGAAGUGGUGGAGAUUCCCACUGUUAUUUCUGUAGUAGUGACACCAGCUACACCUUUAGAUGAAGUAACACCAUUUGUAACUUUAGGCAGUGAGUCAAAGGAUGUACCUCCAGUAAAAGACACAGCUGUCGAAACACCAAAUGUUGAAUCAGUGAUCGUGAGGACUGCUGUGGCCCCAGUAGUAGAGAUACAGAAUGUGAUUCCAGUGGUAGCAACAUCAUAUCUUGGUUCCGUAAUAGUAACAGAAGCUGCAUCUCCAGUGGUAAGUACAGGAACAGUGACUUCUACACUAGCAGAAGCACCAGUUGUGAGCACAGUUGUAGAAACACCUGUUUUUUCUGUCACAGCAGUAAAAUCAUCUCCAGCUCUGGUAGAGAAAACAGUUGUGUCCCCUGUAGUAGAGAUCCCAGCCACAGUAACAUCUGUUGUGGAGACUCCAGCUGUUGUUUCAGUGGAAGAGACUGUACCUCCAGAAGAGGUUACACUAGAUGUGACCUCAUUUGCAGGAACACCUGUGAGCCAAGUAAUUGAAACUCCCAUUGUCUCCAUCACAUCAGUAAAACCAACUGUAGCUGAAGUGGCAAAGACACCAGACACUGAGAUACCAGCUAUGAUUUCAGUGACAGUGGCAGAAGCUGUAUCUCCUGUAGUAGUUACAUCAGCUGGAACUCCAACAGCAUCAGAAACAAUUAUGAUCCCAGAAGUAAAAACUUCAAUAGGAACUUCACCAGCAGAGACAUCACUUGUGACACCAGUGGUAGAAACACCAGCUCAGAUUCCAGCAAUUACAACAGAUGCAGCACAUCCAGUUACACCAGCAGCAACUGCAGCAUCAGAAACAUCAGCUGUGAUCCCAGCUGUAGAAACUGCUGUUGUAGAGUCACCUCCAGUUGCAGUGGUUGAGACACCAGUUGUGACCCAAGUGGUACAGACACCAGGUCAGGUUUCAGUGAUGGUAACAGAGACUGUCCCUCCGGUAGUUGUUUCAGAAGAGACUGCAGCAGUAGAAACACCUGUUGAGGUCCCAGUAUUACAAACUCCUGUUGUAAAUUCAGCUCCAGUUGCAGUGGAUAAGACACCAGUUGUGACCCCAGUGGUACAGACACCAGGUCAGGUUUCAGUGAUGGUAACAGAGACUGUCCCUCCGGUAGUUGUUUCAGUGGUGACUGCAGCAGUAGAGGCACCUGUUGUGAUCCCAGUAGUAGAAACUCCUGUUGUAAAGUCAACUCCAGUUGCAGUGGUUGAAACACCAGUUUUGACCCCAGUGGUACAGACGCCAGGUCAGGUUUCAGUGAUGGUAACAGAGAUUGCACCUCCAGUAGUUGUUUCAGUGGUGACUGCAGCAAUAGAGGCACCUGUUGUGAUCCCAGUAGUAGAAACUCCUGUUGUAAAGUCAAUUCCAGUUGCAGUGGUUAAGACACCAGUUGUGACCCCAGUGGUACAGACACCAAGUCAGAUUUCAGAGAUGGUAACAGACUCUACACCUCCAGUAGUUGUUUCAGCAGUGACUGCAGCAGCAGAAACACCUGUUAUGAUCCCAGUAGUGGAAACUCCAACUCCAGUUGUAGUGGCAGAGACACCAGUUGUAACCCCAGUGAUGAUGACACCAAUUGUGACUCCAAUAGCGGAAAGGUCAGUUGUGAGCCUAGUACUAGAAACGACCACAGAAGCACCAACUGCAAUUGCAAUGGCAGAGAGACCUGUUAUGAUCCCAGUGGUACAGACACCAGCUCUGGUUUCAGUGAUUGCAAAAGAGGCUGCACUUCCAGUAGUUCUACAAGCAGUGACUGCAGAAGUAGAAGUAAAGCCACCAGUGGCAGAGACACCAGUUUCAGUACCAGAAGCACCUGCUGUGAUCCCAGCAGUACAAACACCAGUUACAGAGCAGGCAGCACAGACACCGACGACACCAGCCGUGCCCUUGGUAAAGGCAACAUCAGUUGUAACUGGGAUGGAGGCACCCACUGUGACUUCAUUAGAAAAGGCCCGACAGGAAACACCAGCAGCAGAGACACCUGCUUUAUCCCCUGUGACGAUAGCACCAGUUAUUGCCGCAGUUGUAGUAGCAACAGCUCCACCUGUUGCUACACCAGAAGUAAAGAAAGCAAUGUUGCAGGUAGUUGAACAGGAGAAAAAGGAAGCAAAGUCAGAGGCUUCAGUUGUGUCUAAAGAUGUUGAACCACCAUUUGUGGCUGCGAAAGAGGUAAAGAUAUCAGUUUUAACUGAAGAGUGUAAAUCAGAUGAAGAAAAUGGGAAGGCUUCCUUGCAGCAUACUUCAACAGAACCUCAGUCAGAGGUAGAGGAGGAUGUGUGGGAGGAUGCUGUAGAUAAUAUUGGAGAUUCCCUGUGUCAGGUGACACACACAGAGGGUGCACCCCAAGAUACUGCUGCUAAACAAACAUCUGAUGCUGCAAUUUGAUAGUGGCGAGCUAAACCAGAUGAAAGAUUUAAAUGAGUUGGUGCAAGUUUAACCAGGAAAAUUCAAAACAUUUUACACCUGGCACAGCACAAAAUCAGCUGGGAUUCACAUUUCUGAUAACAAAGAAAUGACCAAACCACUGAGAAGUAAAAUUGCAUCAUUAAAUUUCCAUUAAGCAAAAGUGAAACCAAAAACAGUAGUUAUUCAGUGGACAGGCUGUUUUUUGAUCAUAAACUACAUUUUUACAUUUUACUUUGAUGCAGAAAAUAUUUCAACAUAUAAAACCCUUCAAAAGCAGCUAUUUUGUCAUAUUUUUACUGAGAGUAUUUGUCAAUGUAUGAAUUUUUUUUAUCCUAACUCAGACAUUAGCAUAAGCUUAUGUCGCAUUAUAUCAUGUUGUAUUACAUAUCUAAAAAAAAACUAAAAAAAAACAUUUGUACACAUGCAUAUCCUGACCGUUUGGCAUAUUUAGCAUAAGAAAAUGAUUGUCAUUGUUGAAGAAUGUGCAAUUCCUGGUAUUUAAAGAUAUUUACUAAAUCAAAGGUAAUUUUGUUUUGAACCAUCAUAUACCUCUUGAUUUGCAUCUAGGAUAAAUUUAUUUUAUACUCUAAAUAUGAUGUACACUUAAUUACCAAAGCUGUAAUGAGCACAUUACAAUCAUACUCUGUCAGAGAGAUUUAGACUGAAAAUUACAAAUUGUUUAAUUUGUUUUACAAAUAACAGUCAAAAACUCGUGAUUUAUUUUUGUUGCCAUGUCAUUGUUAUGAAUAUAUAUAUUUUUUAAUUUACCAUUUUAAUUCACAGAAACACCCAAUUUCAGAAAAUAUUUGUGACUAUAUUUUUGGCAUAAAGCAUGCAAACUGAUGUUGCAACUACUGACUUUUCCCCAUGUAUGUUUUUUUUCCCCAGAGAAGCACUUAACAUAAAUAAAUGUUCCAUGAGUAUCAAAUGAGGAAUGAGUAUCAAAACACUCUGUACUGCAUAAAGUUGAGCGUUUUUGUUAAUAUUAUACAACCUGCCUUGCCUGCAUUACAGAGGUUUGCGUCUGGCCUGAUACAAUAAGCCAUUACAAUACUGAAAACAAAUUUUUAAAUUAUUCUAAUAUAUUGCUUAGAAGCGCUCGAAACCACAUGUACAGACUGUUUGAUUAUACAGACUAUGCAUCUUUAAAGAAAUUUCAAUAUUAACAAUCAACUAAAUACAAGAGUGUAGUAUUGUUCCUGGAUUUUGCGACAAAUGUAUGGUUUAAUACAAAUUAUAAUUUUAAGUUUUAUUUAAAUAAAAGAAACUUUACCAAUU